AGCCCGUUCGAAAUUCUGCUCUGCGUAUGGGCUUCUUCAGCUCAAUAGACAAUAGCUAGUAGCCGAGCCAUUUGAAAUAAGCUGGUUAGGUUACAACUUGGAGAGAGAAUCUAAAAGAUGCUGAUGCAAAGCUCAUCACUAUUUUCAUCGAAGCCUGCGUCGGUAAAAGCACAGUACAACACAUCCUCCGUCGAUUCCAACACCAUGGCUGCCACCGUCCCCGGCACGAAAUGGGCUCAGAAGACCAUUACUCUUCCUCCCCAUCGGCGAGGCUGCCAUCUUGUUACGUCCCAGAUAUUGAAGGAAAUCAGACCCCAUUUUUCUGAAUUUAAGUGUGGCCUUGCCCAUCUAUUCCUACAACACACAAGUGCUUCUCUUUCCAUCAACGAGAAUUAUGACUCGGAUGUUCGUGACGACACCGAGACCUUCCUCAACAAAAUAGUUCCAGAGGUACGGAGAUAACUAGAAUUUAAAAUU